CGCAAUAAGUGCAGAUAAAUUAGCAAUAAAAACGAACAGUGUUUUAAAUUCUGAAUGUCCUCGAAAGCCCGAGCUAGCAGCUAAAAGAACAUGCCUGAAGAAAUGUCGUUCAGACAACGAUUGCAGAGGGCGCAACAAGCGAUGCCUGUGUGAUGACGUCUGUGGGAAGAGCUGCGUCAGACCAACCAGGCGGUGUGAACCUUUGGAAACUUUUGAAAACGGCCAUAUUGAGGUAGUUCCCAACAAUAGAUUCAGCGGAAAAGCAAAGUACCACUGUGACGAGGGGUUCAAGUUAAAUGGGCAGCCAAUCCGUAUCUGUCAAGGAGACAAAAAGUGGAGUGGAAAACCCCCUAGAUGUGAAAUUGAUGAUAAAAUAGUACCAGAUCGAUGUGGGGAACCCCCCGUUGUCACUAAUGCCAUUCACGAUGGGAAGAAGUAUUCGAAUGUGUUUCCUAUUGGCGCCCAGGUGGCCUACAUGUGCAAUAAUGGUUACUAUAGUGAUGGUUUUGCCCGGGCGAUGUGCACAGAUGAAGGCGAAUGGGCUGGGCCGAAAAUGACAUGCGCGCGUAUGUUUAGCUUAGAGACUAAUAAACCUAGAAGCUGUGGUCGUCCGGGAGAAGUUACGAAUGGUAGACGUGUCGGCAACAUCUUUAUGUUCCCAAGGGGUGUGAGAUACUAUUGCAAUAGCGGCUAUAGACUUAUAGGAACGCCCAAGAGAACCUGUCGAAGCAAUGGAGAGUGGACGGGAGCCACCCCAAGAUGUGAAGCUGUUAGAUGCCCCAAGCUUACAGCUCCAGACAAUGGAAGCAUGUUCGGGUCUGGCUUCUUCUACAGAACCGUCAUAACAUUCAAAUGUAACAUUGGUUACACACUUAAAGGGUUAUUUGCCCGGAAGUGCCAAGCAUCCGGGCGUUGGACAGGAGAGGAUGUGAAGUGUGAACGGGUGGACUGUGGUUCUCUGCCUCCAUUGUGGAAUGGUCACCUUGAGGGACGUCAAACUACUUAUAAAUCUGUCAUCAAGUUUAUUUGUUUCGGAAGAAGCACUUUCGAAGGUAUAUCAACCAUCACCAAAUGUGAAAUACGAAAAGGGGAAAACGCAGGAGGCUAUUGGACACAUCCGAAUCCAACGUGCUGGGGUCAAUGUAAGGUGCCUAUAAUGAUAAAUGGUACAGUAUUAGGAGAGCAUGCACCCGGUGAUUGGGUACCACACAAUACUACAAUUCAGCUCCAAUGUAAAAAGAAGACACACGUGUUAAGUGGAUAUGGUACCUCUACAAGGGCUUGUUAUAAUGGAACAUGGCCUGGUCUACCCAAAUGUGUCCCAGCAUCUUGCCAAGACAGACCUACCUCUAUUCCGAAUGGUAUACCCAGGUACUAUAGCGUGCGUCAUGGUGCUCGGGCGAAGUACAGGUGUGACGCGGGAUAUGAGCUGAAAGAGAACAAAUAUGUACAGUGUUUAUAUGGAGAAUGGAAGCCUAUGGGGUCGAGAAUGCCAUAUUGCAAACCUUUAUAUUGCCCAUGGAGGGGUUUCCUUCAAAACGGAAAGGUGUUUCUAGUAGGGGUUAUUGGGAAAUAUGCAUACAGGCCUUACGUGAGGAGGGUAG